AUGUCUCUACCGGACGCACGACCAACGACACCCCUACGCUUCCAGGCACAUCUGAGGACGCCUUCUCCAGAUCCUGACGCUGGUCUACGGGGUCUGAGCCAUUAUGAGCGACGAUUGCCAAAAUGGCGCUAUCAGCUGCGGCACCGACUGAUACCGAUCGUGAGAUGGGAGACUCCGUAUCUUGCCCGCAUGCAACAUGCCUUACGCUCGCCGCUGCUUGAUACGUACUUCGCAUUGACUGCGAAUCUUGGAACGCAUACCUUCUUCAUGACUGCCCUGCCGAUCUGCUUCUGGUGUGGCUAUCCUGAGCUUGGCAUUGCACUGGUGCAGAUGCUAGCCGCUGGCGUAUACUUCAGUGGCUAUGUGAAGGACAUGGUAUGUCUGCCAAGGCCGUUAUCGCCACCGCUGCAACGCAUCACUAUGUCCGGGUCUGCAGCAUUGGAGUACGGCUUUCCUUCAACUCAUACUACAAAUGCAGUAUCUGUGGCCAUAUACUGUCUUUACAAUCUCUGGCAGACUCAGGAUGAGUACUCACUCUGGCAGUUUCGUCUGCUCAACUUGGCUUGCUUAUGCUACGCGACUUCGAUCAGCAUCGGGAGAAUGUACUGCGGAAUGCAUGGUUUCUUUGAUGUGGUUUUCGGAGCAGCACUUGGAGCUUUGAUCACUGCCUUCAGAGUGCUCCUUGGCCCUGCAUUCGAUGCUUGGGUCAUCGCAGGCGAUUGGACACGACCUGCGAUUGCCGUUGGCAUUCUAGCACUGGCAGUACAAUUUCACCCUGAACCAGCAGACAACUGUCCUUGCUACGAUGACAGUGUAGCAUUCAUUGGUGUGCUAAUGGGCAUCUCCACUGGGAGCUGGAACUACGUCCAUUUGCUAUCCAAUGCAGACCGAUCAGCUGCAGCAAUGUCUGCAUUGUACAACUUUGCCAACCGAGACUUGUUCAAGAUAGCUGCUAGGCUUAUCGGUGGCAUAAUCGUUGUGUUUCUGUGGCGAGCUACCAUGAAGCCACUCUUGCUGCGAGGACUUCCUCCGAUCUUCCGGCUCGUGGCGCAUUAUGGGCUGAAUAUCCCACGUCGUUACUUUCUGCAAGCAAGAGACUACAACACAGUCCCGACUCUGCGGAAGGACGACAAAGUGCUUCCACCAGCAUCAGAUAUCCCUGCCAUGCUAUCUUCUAUACGCCGGCGGAAGCGAACGAUCUCGGUUGGACCUCAGUCUGAAGCCGACGCAAGGGAGUACAUCGCAAACCGUGCCCAGCAGAGGAGAGACCGGAGUCGAAGUCCUCAGAAAGGCUUGCAGCAGAAACCAUCUCGAUCAACACUGAGAGCACCCACGACAUUAUCUAUUGAUGAGCAUGCGCCAAUCACCCCUGAUGAAUCACCAAAGUCAACGACCCAUCUGUCUGUACAGCAGACCGAAUAUCGGUCCUCCCCACCGACUUUGAUGGUAACUGCUCCUACCAGAGACCUCUUUACCCCACCAGCGAGCGAUAACGGCAACGUCAGCGACAGUGGGAAGGAAGAUGAAUCACAUGACAAGAAGAUGUUCUCAGCACUGGAGAAGCCCCGAAUCAGGUAUGAUGUCGAGGUCAUCACGAAGCUGGUCGUGUAUGCUGGCAUAGCAUGGCUAGCUGUGGAGGGCAACCCUUUGCUUUUUGCGAAACUUGGGAUCACAUAG